UUAAUUGUCAAACUGUCAAAAAACUUCAAAGAACGAACAAAACAUUUUUUUUGCAGUUGCUGUUUAUUAUGGACCAAGUUGAGUGAAAAAUUAUCUAGAAAUUCCAGUUAAAAUCGAAAGAUAAUCUCAUCGCAGAAAAGUUUUAGUUCUCACUGUUAAAACAAAAGAAAAUGCAGAAAAAACUAGAAAACUGCUGAAGAAAAAAACCCAAACAAAGUGCUCAAUUUGUGCUCAUCUGUAGCAAAAGGGAAUAAUCAACAUGUCUGUGCUAUGAUGUGAUUUCAUAGGUUUUUUUUUUCGUACAAGGGAAACAAUUUAGUCAUCCAACGUAAUUCCAUCACAGUUGUGUAAAAAAUCCGGUGAGCUUACGGAUACAGUGAUUUAUUGUUUCGAUAUUCUGGUGCGAAUACUUCGAAAACAAAGAAAAAAGCGUAGGCAGAUUCACCAUGAGUUCUGCCGGAAGUUUCCGUGGGCCCAGCAGUACUGGGAGCAGUGGCCGACAGGAGCCCAGUAAACGUUUUUCAAUUCAUGAUGCCUUCGAGGAAGAAACGGACGAGGUCAUUAAAGUAUAUGGAUCCACUGUGAUAUCGACGCCUAUGCGGGCCAAGGCCAGAUCUCCGGACGAUGUUUCGAUACGGGUGCAUCAUGAUCAAAGGACGCUAAAGUACACCGAUGAUACCACCUCCAGGGACAGCGACUCGUUGAUACAGGAAUACGGCAACCUGUCCUCCAGCGACACCUACACCUACUGCUGGCGCCACCCGAAGGUCCGGGAAAACUGGCGGACCGUCCUGGCUGCGGCCACCCUACUAGUCAUCGGAACCGGCCUGAUAGCGAUGGGAGCGUACGCCAUCGCCGAGCCCCACAACGGGUCACAAGCGGCGGUGUUCUUCGUGGCCGGAUUCAUCUGUUUUGUGCCGGGUGCGUACCACGUGGUGUACAUCUGGCUGGCAGCACGCGGCUACCGGGGAUUCGAUUUCUACCAUUUGCCUUUGUUCACGUAAGACAAAUUCCGAAUGGGAUGGAAAUUCGCGCGAAAUUACACAUUUUAGACAGGUUUGCUCAUGUGUCCUUCCCUGGGGAGAAGGAUCCGUAGAACGGCUUGGGAAAACACUAUAGAUAGUUCGAGGGAAAACGCUCGAUAAUUCGAAAGCGAUAAUGCGGCUUGACGAGAUGUGAUUAAAUUGUAAGUUGUGUAGGAACCUUUUAUAUUAUUUUACAUACACUUUAAGAGCUUCGUUGCUAUUUAAUAUACAUACACUAUCCACUGUAUAAACUUUAUAACAGAAUAUAUUUUAUAUUUUUAUUACUACAACCAAGACUUAUGAAACGCUCUCAAUUUCUUGAUCAAUUUGUCGAAUUUUCGGUUGUUUUAUAUAUUUAUCCGUACGUUAAGAUUAUUUGUUUACGAUCAGCAGUUGACUAACCUUAUAUAAAGAACAAGUUCAUGUGCGAAUCUAAAUUCUCGGCCACAAGAAUGGCUUUAUGAUGUUUUUUUUUUAUAUAUUGCAAUGUUGAAAUACGAACUCAUGCCGUCUCAAGUCUUUGCAAUGAAACAGAAGUGUUCAUUGUAAAAUGUUUAUAAACGUACAUAUUAUUUUUGUCGAGAUCAGAAGAUUAAUGGUGGUUUUUUAUAUUUUUUUAUUCGGUGAAGUAAAAAACAAAUACUAGUUAAAGCAUGUUUUAGAAAAGACUUAUGAGGUUCAAAUCUGUUUUGCAAUACUACUUCCUAUUUUUAGAAAUUCUUUGCCCUUUUUCUAGAAAUUCUUUGGUAUUCCAAAAGUUGUAAAGUCCAGGUUAUCCAGAAAUCUUGCAAGGUGGUUAGUCCGUUCGUAGCUUAAACCGAGACAAACACCGUGGCUAUGGCUUCGUGACUUCGACUCGUAUUUCUUCUGAGGUUUGUGUUUAAUUGCAUCUCUUUCGUCAUACAGUUUUUUUCACGUUUUGAACUUUACAAUAAAAUGAGUAAACUGAAUUUUUGGCAGAAGUAAUGUACUUUUCAUAAAGGUAAUACAAAACUAUUAAAAAACAGAAGCUUUAAAUCUUUACCUAUUUUUUCUAAUGUUUACCUUUGCCCAAAUGAAAAGGAAACAAUGAACACUUCUAUGAUAAAAUUGAUAAUGAAGGUAAAUUAUGUCUGGCAUUGCUCAAUAUCCUGUAACAUCACAACUUACGAAACAUUUUGCUACCAAACACCGCAGGUCACGCAAAACGCCAUCUUCAUCGUUUGCACGUGAUGAUGAUGGCAAUUUAACUAAAUUUUUGUUACAUACUGCGAAUAAAACCAACUCAAAGCUGUUGAUGGCAAACCAAGUUAAGGCCGAAUCGCAGUCGGCAUAAAGUAAAAAAGUCAAUCCUAACACGACACGCGACUGAAACGAUGACAAAAACUUUUAGUUUCUCCCCGUUAUCGCUUUGGAAACAGAAUGAUGGCAUUAGUGCAAACUGUGAAACGACCAACCAAGAACGGAAAUAGUUAGCCGGCUAAUUUGCAUUCGACUGGUGGAACCGCACGUGACUGAAUAAAGUUACAAGAAUAAAGAUAGUUCUUUUAUUUGUACGAUUCACCUGUCUAUAGAGAGAGGAUCUAUUUCGGCAAAGCCGCCUUUCUCGGCCCCAACCCAUUUCCCAUACAAAUUGACAUUUUUUGGCACCGUUGCUACUCUACAGAUACUAACGUGUACCAACAAUUGAAUUGAUUUGAUAAGUACGGCUGACCGAAUGAUAUCGGGUUACGAGAAUCGUAAAUUUCGACUUUUCCGUUCAAUAUAUUAUCAGCGUAGGUUCUCGUUUCAUCAGUUAUAAAGUCUAACCACUGAGAACAAACAUCGUGCUAGUACUUUGAAAAGUGUACUUUAACGAUCACUUCUAAAGCAUAGUAAUGUUGUUACCUUUUCUAAAUUGGUUUUGCGUUGUCAGUGGCACUGCAUUCUUAUGACACAGUUUCAAAAAACAUCUAGCUGGGAUGUUUGUUCUCUGAGUUCAACCAUGCUUGUGCCAUUUUUAUAAAAAUCUAAACUAAUUACCAUGCGGCAAUCCAUCUAAAUAGGCAAGCACAGAUUCUUCCCAGACUUUUUUGAUAGCAAAACAGUGUUGCCUAAAUACUUUUUAUGAUGAGAAAAUGAUAGACAGAAUAAUGGACCUGUUCAAUAUAAAAAAACAGUGGCUAAUAAGCAAUUAAACACGCCUAGUAAAAGUUCCCACAAUUUCACCACGCAAGCACUCCCCCAAAUAAUUAUAAUCAUAACUAUAAUCAGUAUUGUGUAUGGAUUCAUGAAACAGGACGAGACUGGAUGCACGAAGUAUGUAUGUAAUCCUUGAUGCAAACAUUUUUUACUACCCAUACAGCUUUUAACACACCUUCAACUUUGAAAUUGUAUACAACAUAAAUGAAUACAUGAACAGAAAACGCAAGAAAGGGAGUGAUUUACAUUGUAAAUGAUAUUACUAAUAUAUAUUAAUAUAAUAUAAAUAAAAAGGCUUCCGAAACAGAAAAGUAAUAAAAUUAUAAUCAAGAAAUGUUCGACUAAGCAUGUCUCAUUGUGAGCUAGUUAUCAUAAAAUUAGGAUAAAUUUUGGUACAACCGAUCCUAAUUUGAAAUUUUCGCACUAUGUACGUAAUUGAGAGCCCAUCAAUAAAAAGAAUCCUAACGCGUAUAAAAAUAAAAUCUAACUUUAACUAUAAUAAAACUUAACAUGACAAUUAAUUGGACUGAGUGUGGGAGAUUACUCCUGUUGUGUUGAAUUGGUUUGAAUUUAUAAACAACUUAGUUAGCAAUUAUGGAAAGAGCAGGAAAAUUUAUUCAGCAUUUUAACGGUAACUACCAUCGUCACGGAGACAAAACAUUGCAAAUGUACUGUUAUGAUUAUGUUAUGCUUAAUAGGCAUGAACUAGAGAAAAUAUAUCCUUUACAUGGCAAUUUAAAAACCACAUAGUCUAAGGAUAUACAAAGAUUGGAUACAAAUCGAAUAAAAAUUUUUAGAACUAGUAA